GAUAAUGUGAAAUAAUGUAAUUUGAUGUAUUUAAGUGUAGAAUGUUUUAAAUUUUUAUAAAACAUUCUUUCUAGUUCGACUUAAUAAUAACAGCGCUGUACUGUGGGUUGCUCGCAAUCUUAUUUACAAUUACUAUGUUUAGUAUUGUCAUAUGAUUGUCAUUAUCUCUAGUCAUAUGUCAACAAUAACAUUCCAUAAUUAAAUAGCCAACAACCAUCAAUUAAAACGUUUGGAUUCAUCUUAUUCAUAUUAAGGAAAAUGGUAAUUUAAAAGUUACUGUAUUAAUUUAAGCUAUUCUUAAGUGAACGGAGAAAUUUGAAAUCUGUUUUCAACGUCCCAUCGUCUCAAUUAUACAAUUAUCAUAAUGACAGUGAUAAAUGAUAGUACUGUAUGGCUUCCAUUGUUUUUCUCGAGAGUUCGUGAAGGUGUUUACAGCUUUUAUAUUUAGUUUAGUGGUCAUGUAGUGGAUGUAAGCAAAUCAUUACAAAUUCGCGUGUGCAAAUACGUUGUUACGUAUUUGUCUAAAUCAGAAGGUCAAGUUUGAAAAAAAGGAGUUUGAGAAAGUUUAUAUUAAAAUUUUAACACAACAUGAAUGAAAAGUUUUUGGAGUUUGUUCCAUAUUCAUCUGUUAUUAAUCCAAGUUUCUGGAGUAAAGUUGUUCAAAUUAAACUGGAUGUUGAUAAACUGCAUGAAUGUUAUAGACCAAUUUGGGGAUUCUUCACUAAUGUUGAUAGUAACACAUAUCGCACCCCUUUAUUGGAAAUAGAUAGUACAUCUUUCAAUUUAACAUGCCCAGAAGCUGUUGGCUCAUUGUAUAUUAAAGGACACUUUGUCAAUAAAAACACUAUUGAAAGUUUCAAAGAAUGUGAUAAAGCUCACAUUCUUCAUAAUGAAGGAUUGAACAUUUGGAAAGAUAUCAUAUCUGGAGCAGCAUUAGACAAUCCUUCUUUACUGAACAAAUUCUUUAUUUUAGCAUUUGCAGAGUUAAAAAAGUAUCACUUUUAUUAUUGGUGUCUUUAUCCUUGUAUAUCAAAGUUGAAAUUAAAUUUAACAAGCAUCACCAACUUAAAAGAUUGUGGCAGCUUUAAUGAGCAGGAAGUUCUUAACAGAUUGUUAGAGGACUAUUUGAAACUGGACAACAACCAAAAACAAUUCUUCCUAAUAAAAAGAUCUGAUUUAAAAGUACAAACAUUAAAUUCAUGUUUUUCAAUUAAAACCAAAGAAAAUAUUUUGAUAAAUGAAGAUGAUUAUUUCUUCUGCUUCUCAGAUCCUUGCAUGACUGAUACAUAUGCAGGAUGGCCUCUUAGAAAUUAUAUUCUUUUUCUACUGUACUAUUGUCCCAAAUUAGCUGGAAAAUCAGUAAAUGUAAUAUCUUUCCGAAUACAUAGACAAGAAUCUCAAACAUUAUGUGAUAACAGUAUCAUUUUUACCGUUCGAAUUUCUAAUGAUAUUGGCCCACUUGAAGAUUUUGUUAAUGAGAAGGAUUCGUGGAUUGGAUGGGAAAGAAACGAGAAAGGAAAUUUUGGUCCUAAAUUUUCAAAUAUGAGAGGAUCGUUGGAUCCUGUGGGUUUAACUCAAUCAUCAGCCGAAUUAAAUUUGAAACUGAUGAAAUGGAAUCUGGUGCCAAAUUUAGAUUUGGAACGAAAUCAUAGUACAAAAUGUCUUUUAUUUGGGGCAGGAACUUUGGGAUGUGCUGUAUCCAGGUCAUUAAUGAGCUGGGGUGUAAAAAGCAUAACACUAAUCGACGGUGGCAAAGUCUCGUUUUCCAACCCUGUAAGACAGUGUUUGUACACUUAUGAGGACAGCUUAAAAGGAAUUCCAAAAAGUGUGGCAGCGGUUAAAAACUUAAAAGAAAUCUACCCGUUGGUGGACGCACACGCUUUUUCUUUAUUCGUACCCAUGCCAGGACAUCCUGUGGGUGAAAGUCUCUUAAAACAAACGUUAGAAACUGUAAAAGAAGUUGAAAAACUUGUGAAAGAAGCUGAUGUAAUUUUUUUGCUUACUGAUUCAAGAGAAAGUCGUUGGUUACCUACAGUUUUGGGAAGUUAUUACGGAAAAAUUGUUAUAAAUGCAGCUUUAGGAUUCGACUCAUAUUUGGUAAUGCGUCAUGGUGUAAGGCAAUUUCCUGGCCCUGAUACUAUACCUGUGGAGGAGAAUCACGGAAAUGGUGUUAAAAGAAUAUCUGGAGAAAAUUUGGGCUGUUACUUUUGCAAUGACGUUACAGCCCCAGGAGAUUCGUUACAUAAUCGCACAUUGGAUCAACAGUGUACAAUCACGAGGCCUGGAGUGUCUAUGAUAGCAGGGGCGUUGGCUGUUGAAUUGGCAAUUUCUGUUUUACAACAUAAAGAUGGUGGUCGUGCUGCUGCAUAUUAUAAGACCGAAAACGUCGAAGUGUUUUCUUCAGAUAUUCCUGAUGAAAGUUUGCUGGGGAUUGUGCCCCAUUCGAUUAGAGGGUUUUUGUCAACAUUCUCCCAAGUUUUGCCAGCUACUCAACGUUACAAGCAAUGCAUUGCUUGUUCAGAUGUUAUUCUUAAUGAGUACAAAACUAGAGGAUUUGAAUUCUUAAUGGAUAUAUUCAACAGUUCUAAACUUCUAGAGAAAAUUACUGGAAUUGAAGAGAUUUACAAAAACAUUCCAGAAUAUCAGUCAAUCAGCAGUGAUGAGGAAUUCACAGAUUAACCUAGUCAUCAUAUUAGGCAUACUGAGGAAGUUUAAUGAAAGAAAAUGCUAUAUAUAAAUUAUUUCUUUCUCAUUUUGAUAGGAAAAAGAACUGUUUAUAUUACUUGCUUCCGAAUUAUUCCAUUUUUAUUAAUUGCAUAAGAAACUGUAAAAGACAUUGAUGUUGUUUUAAGUAUAUUAAGAAAAAUCAACAUAAGUUGAGCUCAAUAGUAUCAAAGAAAAAGUAAUAAUGAGGAAAAAAUAGAACUAGUUGUUACUAUGAUGAACAGAAUGUUUGAUUUUAAUUUGGUUCAUACUUUUGUGGGGGUCUUUAAUUUUUUAAUUUUAUGAUAGUACAAAUUUUUAUCAUUCAAAACAAAAACAUUUCUUUCUCUUUUUAAAAAGAAAAAACUUAGUAUACUAUUCACACAUUUCCAUGAUAUCAGUUGCUCAAAAAGUCGUGUUUGCUGAUAAUAUUAAUUAUUUGUAGAAACGUAUAAAUACUAUGCUGUUAAAAAACGACAUGAUUAUAUAACUUAAUCGCUCAGGGAUUAAGCGUUAUUUCUUGUGUGGUCAAUGUUGUAGCUUUUAUUAGUAUUUGUUGAUGCUACGUGUGUUGCUAAAAGUAACAAUAUUCGCUUUUUUGUUAAAAUUUCUAUAGACGAUCUUUUCUUUUGUAGUUUUAUUUGUUAUUAAUUUAUAAAAAUGGAAUGGCCAUAUAAUAUACUCAUAUUCUUAAGUAUUAAAGGCAAAAAAGAUUAAGGUAAUGGCGUUAUGAUAGUAUGCUAAAUGUUGAAUUGAUAUAUAAUUCAAUGUUUUUAAGCUUAUCGCUUUGUUGUUUUACUAGUCAUUAAAUGUGUUUGGCGCAUAAGGAAAUAUAUUUGUAUGAUUGAUUUAAAUACAAUUUAUUAUAAAAAAUUCAAAAUAUAAAGCAAAUAGUGGUGUAUGUCUCUUUUAACUUAAGUAAUGUUGUAAUAACGAGUAAACUUGUUAAUGUCAAUGCUGUUAUAAUAUCUUAAAUUGUUAUUGUAAUUUAUUUAAAUGCAACAAAUGUAUUUAAAGCUUACCUAGUUAAGUUAGUUAAUAUACUCUUCAAGUGCUGUUUUGUAUUAAUGGAAACGUGAGCAGGAUAAAUUCUAGUAAAGUGGCUUACUGUAGUUUA